AUGCCAUCAUCAUUUUGGGAGCACUAUCGUCACCCAGCGAAGAAUAUUCCUCCACGUAAGGUUUAUGAUGCCCCCGAUGUUGAUCUCGCCAAUAUGAAAUUCUAUGAUGCACCCAAGAUUGAUAUCGCCGAUGUGGAAUUCGUUGAGAUCAUGAAACAGACGGAUCGUUCAUUUCUAUGCCGAGCCCGCUGGCAAGACAAAGACUGCGUGCUCAAGGUGUUCAUUCCUUACAAACCGGAUACUUGCGAAUCACCGUUCCUUACUAGGGAUCUUUUUACAAAUGAGAGCCGCGCAUAUAGUCGAUUGAAGGCCGGUGGCUUUUGUGAACGAGGAUCGGUACCUGACUUCUAUGGGGUGGUUGAGAAUAUUGACCCUGAGGCAAAGAGCUGGCAACCACAGCUCAAGAACUUCUACGAUAAAACUUUUCCGGAGGGUCUAGAUCUAGAGGCUCGCCCAAAUGGUGUCCUAAUCGAAUAUAUUCCCGAUCUGAAUAUGAUCGAUAUCUCUAACUACACAGAGCAAAGAGCUCAGAAACUCAAGCAGCUUCUGGCCGAGAUUCAUAAGGCUGGGAUUUUACACUUUGAUCCCUAUCCCCGAAAUAUGCUGAUUCAGGGUGAUUCUGAUCGGGUACUCUGGAUCGACUACGAACAUUCCGAAAUUUAUGAUCCAGAGGACUCAAAGCAUCCCAGAUGUUUUGCAUAUGAAAGCGAAUGUAUGCAUCACUUCAUGGAAAGGCUGGUAAUUUUAUCACUCCUAGUUUGA